AUGGCAGGAGGAGCUUUUGUAUCAGAAGGAGGAGGUGGUGGAAGAAGUUAUGAAGGAGGAGUCACAGGUUUCGUUAUCAUUACAUGUAUUGUUGCCGCCAUGGGAGGUCUCCUGUUUGGUUAUGACCUUGGAAUCUCAGGAGGAGUGACAUCGAUGGAGGAGUUUCUUACCAAGUUCUUCCCUCAUGUAGAGAGCCAGAUGCAUAAGGCGAAGCACGACACGGCUUACUGUAAAUUUGAUAACCAAAUGCUCCAAUUGUUCACUUCUUCUCUCUACAUCGCAGCUCUUGUAGCUUCCUUUAUCGCUUCUGUUAUCACUAGGAAGUAUGGACGUAAAGUCUCUAUGUUUACCGGUGGACUUGCUUUCCUCAUCGGUGCACUUUUCAACGCGUUUGCCAUUAAUGUUGCAAUGCUCAUCAUCGGUCGACUUAUGCUCGGUGUUGGUGUUGGAUUUGCUAACCAGUCUACUCCGGUAUAUCUCUCGGAAAUGGCUCCAGCGAAGUUAAGAGGAGCUCUAAACAUUGGUUUUCAAAUGGCUAUUACGAUUGGAAUCCUGGCGGCAAAUAUGAUAAACUAUGGAACAUCAAAGAUGGCUCAAAAUGGAUGGAGGGUUUCUUUAGGUUUAGCAGCUGUUCCAGCGGUUGUCAUGGUGAUUGGAUCAUUCAUUUUGCCCGAUACACCAAACUCGAUGCUCGAGAGAGGCAAAUACGAGGAAGCAAAACAUAUGUUGAAGAAGAUACGCGGAGCUGACAACGUUGACCAUGAGUUCCAAGAUCUCAUUGAUGCUGUUGAAGCUGCCAAAAAGGUGGAGUAUCCAUGGAAGAACAUCAUGAAGAGUAAAUACAGACCAGCUUUGAUCUUCUGCUCGGCGAUUCCCUUUUUCCAACAAAUCACUGGAAUCAACGUCAUUAUGUUCNAAGUUAUAACAUAA